CAGCUAAACCUCGGUCGCCUUAGCCGACGUAUGGGACGCGUCGACGUGGUGGGAGGACCGCCGGCCACCGGUCCCGCUCACUUUACUCUCUCGCCUCCCGCCCUCGCUUUCGCCUUUCGCGGGGCUCGUGAUAUUUUAGUGCUGCCACUCGAUCACUAAACCAUUAUCGCGUUGGUAUAACCCCCCCACCGUAUUCUGCUAAGAAGACAGCGAACUGCCAUGGCUGCUCCUGCUUCUUCUUCUUCGGGUUGUUCUGCGCUUCUUGGGUUCGUGUUAGCCGCUGCACUAUUUCAGUGCUCCCAUGGAGGGAGCACCCUCGCAGGCCUCGUGGAGCAGCAGCCUCUCGCGAUGACCUACCACAAGGGGCCUCUGCUCACUGGUCCUCUGUCGGUCAACCUCAUAUUCUACGGGAAGUUUACGGCUUCACAAAAGGCCAUCGUUUCGGACUUCCUCGCCUCCCUUUCGCUCGUCCCCCACAAGGACUCCGUAGAGCCGUCGGUUGCCACCUGGUGGAAUACCCUUGCUAAGUACUACGCCACCUCCAGGACGCCGCUGCCCAAACUCAAACUCGGAAAGCAGAUCGUCGACGCGGGGUACUCCCUCGGCAAAUCCCUCCGCGACGCUGACAUCGCGAAGCUGGCGGCCCGGGGGGCGCCGCGGAACGCGAUCAACGUGGUGCUGACGGCCGAGGACGUGGCCGUGGAGCGGUUCUGCAUGAGCCGGUGCGGCUCCCACGCGGCGUCGCCACGGUCGAAGGACGGCGGCCGUUUCGCCUACGUCUGGGUGGGGAACUCGGCGGCGCAGUGCCCCGGACAGUGCGCCUGGCCCUUCCACCAGCCCAUCUACGGGCCGCAGGCACCACCGCUGGUGGCGCCCAACGGCGACGUCGGGGUGGAUGGCAUGGUGAUCAACGUGGCGAGCAUGCUGGUCGGCGCCGCCACCAACCCAUUCGGGGACGGGUUCUUCCAGGGGCCGAAGGAGGCUCCGCUGGAGGCGGCGACUGCUUGCCCCGGGGUGUACGCAAAGGGAGCCUACCCGGGCUACCCGGGGGACCUACCGGUGGACUCCGUCACCGGAGCCAGCUACAACGCGCAUGGGGCCCACAGCAGGAAGUACCUGGUCCCAGCCCUCUUCGACCCGUCGACGUCCACGUGUUCGACCUUGGUGUGACGAGAAGUACGUACCGAUACUUGAACAGAUAUGCGUAUGAACGUAAUGUACAUAUGCACUUGUGAAUUAAGCCUCUUAGAGAUGAGACUGUUAGUAGCGUGAAAGCUACUUUGUUUUC